AUGGAAUCAUUUUAUGCAUUAAAAGAAGAAAAAGAAAAUCGGUUUUGUUCCGGUGAUGAUAACGUUAACGACUGUAUAACGUAUAUGAACCAGGAAUUACAAGUACAUGGAUUUCAGGCCCUACAAACGUCAUCAGAAAAUUCGCGUACUUUAACCAUUGAAUUAUUGAAUCACUUAUAUGUAUUACUACAACAACAUCGUCAUGAUAUGAAAAUUAGAGAAGAUCUCCAAGACAAACUAUUGCGAAGCAAUAGUGAUAUGCAAACCGCUCAAAGAAGUCAAAAACUAUACAAGGACGAACUCGACAAAUCGUUGCGAGAAAAUCAAAGCAUUAGCGAGCAAAAUCGACAGUUAGAAGAGAAAAUUAAGUCGUUGAAUAGUAAAUUAAAAGGUGAAAAGGAUGAGUUCAUGUCAGACAAAAAUCAAGCAAAAAAAGCUGGCAUGGAUGUUCUAAACUCACUGCAGAAUCCUAACGGUAAACGUGCUGUAUGGAAGACCAAGGCUAAGGAUGAUGAAGAAAUGUACCAAUCAAUCGUGUGUGGAUACGAAGAUAAAGUAAAAGAUCUGAUAAUGGAAAAUAGUACUUAUCGGGACUUUGCCAAUAGUAUAUAUAGCAAUUUAGUACGACUACAAUGGAAAUUCGAAGGAAAGCACAAUCUUGCAGAAGCUGCAGACGAAAAUUUGCAGCAGUUGGACCCAAAUAUUUUACCUGACGGUAUUUUUCAAUUACCACUUGAGAUGUCAAGGGAUUCUAUUGAAACUACUCUCCAGAAUAUGUGGGAUAACUUUGAUAAAGCUAUUUUGUCAUCCCUUAAACAAACGAUAGACACUGCUGGUCAAAAUUUAGAUGCCAAUGUGAAUGAAAUCGAUAGUCUAAAACUGGAAUUGCAGGAAUGUUUAUUAAAAAUAUCGGAACGAGACAAAGUUAUUCAUGAAUUCCAAAAUGCUCAGAGUGAUAUCAAGAACGAUACCCAUGUCUUGAAUGAGUCGCUUUUAUAUGCAGAGAAGGAGGAGGUCGAGAAUUUAAAGGCUGAAUUACGAAAGCAGAAGGAAUCUCUUGAGAAGGAAAGGGCUCUUGUGGCAGAAGCUGCCGUUAAAUUAAACCGCGAGCGAAAAGAAUUCGAAAGUGAUCGAGUGGCUUUAUUAGAGGCACAAAUUGGUGCAUCUCCUCUAUCAUUUGAGAAAUCACAAGGGAAAGAAUGCGACUUUAAAUUACGAUCAUUCUAA